AUGGCGCACGUGACUUUCAUUGCUCGGAGUAUCGAUGGCCUUAUCCUUGUUGAGACUUGGGAUGACUCCAACAAGGUCUCCAAGCAGGUCAAGGAUCAGGCCAAGGCUCUUUUGCGGAAGUUACACAACAUGCCUCCGAGAUGCUCAGUAGAAGGAGCCGGGGAGUUUGUGUUUCACUACACCAUGGACAAUGGUGUAUGUUACAUGGCUUUGUUUGACAAGAGCUACCCGAAGAACUUGGCGUUUUGCUUUCUUGAGGACAUCCACCAGCUCUUUCAGCAGGAGCUGCAGAGGGAGUUUGGCACAGGAUCUGUAGACUACAGGUCUCAUAUUGAGACCAUUGAGAAACCCUACUUCUUCAUCAAAUUUGAUAGGCAAAUUACAAAGAAAAAUGCAGAGUACCGGGAUCCUAAAUCCUCCAAAGCUUUGAGCAAGCUGAACAACAAUCUCCAGGAAGUCUCCAACAUCAUGAGGCAGAACAUCGACGAGAUUUUGAAGCGCGGCGAGAAUCUCGAGUCUGUUGGGCGCAAGGCCAACAGCAUCAAAGAGGAGUCCAAAAAAUUUCGAAGCAUGACUGGCCAGCUGAGCUUUCAGACCAUGCUGCAGAAGUAUGGAGUCUUUGUGGUCAUAGGGCUCAUGGCAUUCUUGCUGAUUUGCUUUAAGCUUUUCAGGUCGUGA